AGACAGAGAGGCGGAGGGACUCUGGAGCUUUCUGUUGUGGAGAUGCCCGAUAUCGAUCCAAACUUUCUCAUCACUUUUUUGCAUUUUGGAGGUUUCUAAAACUUAUCCCAGACGAGGGGAGAGAGCGAAGGAGAGAGGGGGAGAGAGAGAGAGAGAGAGAGAGAGAGAGAGAGAGAGAGAGAGACCACUUCUUCCACACAUAUCUUUAUUCCAGCGGCUGUUCGAGGAGAUUGCCCUGCGCUGCUGUUCGAACAUCGCCCACACAUUCUCUGGAUAUCUCGUAUAUCCCGUUGAAUCCAGUCGUCAUGUCCCCCGGUGAUGCCGAGCAGCAGAGUCGGCGGGUCAGCUUGCUGUCUUGGGAUCAGGUGCGGCGCUUGGACUCCAUUCUGAGGGAGAGCAUCCCGAUCCACGGCCGCGGAAACUUUCCCACCCUGUCCGUCCAGCCCCGGCAGAUUGUUCAGGUGGUCAGGGCUCGACUGGAGGAGCGAGGUGUGGUGGUACGUGACGUUAAGCUUAAUGGCUCAGCAGCCAGCCACGUGCUGCACCAGGACAAUGGCCUUGGCUACAAAGACCUGGACCUGCUCUUCGGCCUAAAUCUGACUGAUGACAAAACCUUUCGGCUGGUGAAGGAUGUGGUGCUGGAUUGCCUGGUGGACUUCUUGCCUGAAGGGGUGUGCUGGGAGCGAAUCACAGCCCUCGCCCUGAAGGAGGCUUAUGUGCAGAAACUGGUGAAAGUUUGCAAUGAGACGGACCGCUGGAGCCUCAUCUCUCUGUCCAACAACACCGGCAAGAAUGUGGAACUUAAGUUUGUGGAUACUUUAAGAAGGCAGUUUGAGUUUAGUGUUGACUCCUUCCAGAUCACUCUGGACUCGCUGCUGCUCUUUGACCGCUGCUCGGAGACGGCCAUGUCUGAGACCUUCCACCCUACAGUGCACGGUGAGAGCAUGUAUGGAGACUUUGAGGAAGCCCUGAGUCACCUCCGCUCCAAGAUUAUUGCCACCUGCAGCCCAGAAGAGAUCAGAGGCGGUGGGUUGCUCAAGUACUGCCACCUGCUGGUGCGGGGCUUCCGGCCUUCCUCUGAGUCUCAGAUGAAAAAUAUGCAGCGCUACAUGUGCUCCCGCUUCUUCAUCGACUUCCCCGACAUAACCGAGCAGCAGAGGAAACUGGAAGCGUAUCUGCAGAACCACUUUGCGGGCAUGGAGCACAAGCACUAUGAGUACCUGGUUACGCUGAGACGCGUGGUGGACGAAAGCACUGUGUGUCUGAUGGGCCACGAGCGCCGACAGACGCUCGCACUUAUUUCUGCUCUGGCGCUGCGCAUGAUGGCCGAACAGAAUGCUAUCCCUGCUCUGUCCAACAUAACCUGCUAUUACCAGCCUGCUCCCUAUGUUAGAGAUGUCAACUUCAGCAAUUACUAUGUGGCACAAGUUCAGUCUCCCAUGGCCACAUGCAGUAACUCUUACCAAACGUGGCUGCCCUGCAGCUGAGCAGCAACUUUUAGGAUGUCUGGAGAGCUCUCUGUCUUAACUUUAUGUUGAUGUAAGCUGGGCAAUCAUUAGAGUGCUCGGUGCCUCUGUAGCAAUGAGGCUUUUUUCUGAGAUGCAGUGUGGACAUAAGGAAAUUUGUGUAUCUUUUUUUGCCAAAUCUUAAAUCAAACCAUUCCACUAAGUUAUACUGAUAAUACUGCUGUCAGAAAAUCUCAUUCGAGCCAGUAUAAUUAAACCUUUUUAUAUUGAUGUUUGUUCAUAGUCAGUGUUGGCAGCUAUGGACAAAUCUGAAGGCUUGAUAUGUGACAGA